AGUCAGAUUGCAGACUAAUCCUCUUGUCUCCUCUUUCUCCUCCCGGUGCAGUAAGUGAGCAGCUGUUUGUCGCAAAGGCUCUGCAGAAAGUCAAGAUCGAGGUCAAUGAGAGUGGGACCAAGGCAUCUGCUGCCACUGCUGCCAUCCUUUAUGAACGUAUGGCGCCAUUCGAGGUUGUGAUCGACAGGCCCUUCCUCUUCUUGGUCAGGCACAACCCCACAGGCACCAUCCUCUUCAUGGGCCAAGUCAUGGAACCCUAGAGCAUGAGGCCACCUCUGAAAAGACAAUACUCAGGUAUCAUCUCUGUCGAAAGCCGCAACGGAAAGUAGUAAAAAACUGGAAUUAACCGGAAGAAAAACGUACAAUGAGGGAAGGAAGACUUUUUUUUUGGAAUCCGGGGAUGAUGAUCAAUUUUCUGCCUGGAUCUCGCUCACAUUUAACCAGCAGUGACUUGAACUUCAGCCUUCGUUAGAUGUCAUUUCCUAAUCCACGGUCACGCCAGUGAUCCCAUUCAUUUCACAACUCGCAAGGUCUCGCUGCGUCCGUUCAUUAGCCGCUUCGAACUUUUGACGCCAUCUCGGUUCGGAAUGGUUUCCCAAAGCACUUGCACUUAGCUCCAGCAACUCAACCCUCCCUCCUCCUCCUCCGUCCACCCCAUAAGUUCACUGGAAUCUGACCCCACUACCCCCCCCCCCCCCCCCACCCCCCAACUUCACUGUGUAUGUUCCAAUCAAAAACACCCCAGCAACCUUCGCCCUUGAUCUCCGUGGCACUUGGGCCAAUCGUAAGUCACCAUUGUCACACCCCCCGCCACCCCCCUCACCCCACCUCCGGAUGUCGGUGAAUUUACUCUCCAGGCACAGGUGCACAGCAAGAUCCCACGUAACCACUAACAACUGGGUGGAGCAACUCGGGUUGAGGGAUAAAUAUCGACCGAUAUGCCCCCUCGAAACCGAAUCCUGGCGUUUCUACGGCCAGCCCCGGGGUUCAGCCAAUCCCUGGUCCAGGACACGGGUGUGGAACAUUGAAAGAACUCAGUUACGGCCCGAAUGGCCCAAUCGCGUUUCGGUGGGAGGUGGGACGUGUUACGACAUCCCUAGACUACCCCCCAGCCUCCCCGUGAGGGAAAUAUUUCACCCAGGGAGUGUGAGGAAAGGCAAGAUUGUAUGUCGCCACACCCUGUGAUGCAAAUUUGGGACCAUUAAUGGAAUGUCACGCUCACUCCCCCUUUGGAUUCCACGUAUGUUCCUUUCAAUGUCAAUUUCCAGUAGUCCCCUGUCAGUUCCUACCCUGUGCCGAAAUCUUAUGUUAAUUUCCCUGCUGUUGAGGGGGAGGUUAAAAUGCUUGGGGACCAGCUAUUUGCUUGCUGACUGUGAACAUGCAAGACCUUUGCAUCCAUAUUUACACACACAUCUCUGUACCAAGACUUGCACUGUUGCUUUAAUUUGGAAAAUACGAAACCUCAUGGUGUAGUUUGUAAUAUAUUUUCAGAUUUGUGUAAUUUAUUUCUUUUGACUUAAGAAAUGUUUUUGUAUUUUAAAUAAAAAAAAAGCUAACCACCUUCA